UAUACAUAUGUAUAUGAGUUGGUGUGAUUUAUAAUUGCAUAUACUGCACAAAUUAUUUUUUGCUUAGUAAAUAAAUGAUACCAACACGGAAACGAAUUCUUAUAUUGUUAUUCUUGAUUGCCACACUAGGGCUUUUACUGCGAAUUCUAUCCUAUCCUCGGACGCAGUUAGUUUUAAAGGAGGAAGCAAACUAUCGAAAAGCUCCAGGAGAUCCACUGCCCGUAUUGGUAACAGUAUUUUAUGAGGCUCUCUGCCCGGAUUCUACAUAUUUUAUUACUAAGCAAUUGCUGACCACGUACAAAGCUGCAGCCCCUAUAAUGGAAGUGCAACUCGUCCCUUAUGGCAAGGCACACACUACAACCGAUAAUGAAGGCAAAUUUAUAUUUGAUUGCCAGCACGGUCUGACGGAAUGUCAAGCAAAUAUGUAUCAUGCAUGCGCUGCUGAAGUCAUUGAUGAUGCACUUACUCGACUAGAAGUUGUGACCUGUAUGAUUCGAGACAAUCGAAAUCCCAAAGAUGCCAUGCAAAAGUGUACCAAACAAUACAAUGUAGAGAAUGUUGAUCUCAUCCAGAAGUGUUUUGAUAGCAGCCAUGGAUCUGAACUAAUGAAAUUGAACGGUGAUGCGACUCACGCCCUUCGACCACCAGUAACAUUCAUUCCAACAAUAACAUUAGACGGCUCGCAAGGCAACCAGGCUUCCAUUUUAAAAGAUUUGUUCACUGAAAUUUGCAAAUCAGCUGGAGGCGCUGCGCAGGCGGAGAGUAUUUGCAAAAAUCGCUAGGUUAAUAUUGAUUAAAACAAGGUGCAACUUUUAUUGACGAUUUUUUAAUG